AUAAUCUCUUAACAGCCAAUUGUGUGGCGAUCAAGGCUGUCUGUUUACCCACUUCCUAUUUCCUUGAUAAUUUAAAAAAACAAAGUGACAUUUGUUGAUUUCGUCAAGCAAGUGUGUGAGUGAGUCAAGUCAAUCGAAAUCGAAAUAAAUAAUUAUUGUGAUACAUAAUAAAACAUUUUAACAUGUGAGUGAUGAGUUGUACGGAAAAUGAAAGUGGCCCUUUUGUCGUGUUCUUCUUACCAGCGCUUGUCGGCUGCCUGACCAUACUUUUGGCCAGACGCUGGGCUAACUCACAAGUUAGCAAUACUUCCUCGACAGCCGUCUCUAGACGGCGAAAGAUCAUUAAGGAUCCGCUUAUUAAGCGGCCUUUGCCGUCGAUUGCCUGUAAAAUGAUGCCGCCUGGAUCAAAGAAAACCGCUGGAGUGAGUAAGAAGGGAGUAUUUCCAACCACUGAGGAGGAAAUGAAUGGCGGCAAACGUGUGGGCCGUCCUCGCCUCGCGCCGACCAUCACCCCACUACUAUCAGAGGUCAAACUCGCAGAGGGACCAGUCCCUCCCAAGCACAUACCGUUCCCAUACAUACCCGCGGGAUGGAGCGUUUUUGUUUGAGGCAAUGACAUUUGUUUUACCCUAGUCGCUACUGGACUGCAGUUUCUGAAUCUGUAUAGAACUGCUUGGUGGUUACCACAUUCAUACACAAAUCAGACAAUGAAUUUCUAUCUGAUUGAUCCACAUUUGGUUGCGUUUAUAGUGACAAUAAUAUUCACAAGACUAUUGCUCAGUAUAUGUUUGGCACUGUUAAGGACUAUAUUGGCACCGAAACUCAUGCCUCAUGCAACUAUAGCAGCCAGAAUGUUCAUAUUGGGCAUGGUGUUGGGUUCUCUAGCGUGGUGCACAUACUUUAUAGCGCUCAAAUAUCCACUUGUGAAGAUAUUCUACCUCUGUUACCCUGCGGUAGUCUACUUCCUCCUAUUCGGAUUCCAUUCUGGUCCAUUCCUGGAACUAAAUCAUUCGGACGCGCCUCCGCUGCAUUGCUGCUCGCACGACCCGCAGCAAGUUAGAGACGAAGUGAACGCUCUGAGACAGGACUUCAACAUGAGAGUCAAGAAGAUCCUGUUCAACUCUGUCGUGGGAGCGUACUACUCUAGUUUCAUACCAUGUUGUUUUGCACAGUCGUACCUGUACUACGACGUGUACGGCGCGUCGCAGCAAGUAGCGUUCGUGUGGGGCGGACUGUUCGGGCGGUACGCGAGCCAGCUGCUGUCGGGCGCGCUGUGCGACGUGCCGCACCGCGCCGCGCUGCACCUCGGACGGUGGAAGCUCGACACGGCGCCUGCAGAUGCGUCGGAGGUCCCGGCGUGGUCGGGCGCGCGCGCGUGGGCGCUGGGGCAGCGCGCGUGGCACGCGGGCGCGGCGCACGCGGCGAGCGCGCCCACCGUCGCCGCCGAGCCCGCCUGCGCUGCGCAUGUGCGCUUCUAUGCGGUGUUCAUAAAUCCAUCAAUGUUGCUGUGUCUACUGUUGUGCCUGCAACUGUCGCUGAUUGUACUCCAACUGUGCUUGCUCUUCAGCUCAAUACCUUGGCACAACUUUUUGUCCAUAGUCAUACUACUGUUCAUAAACUACUACACGCUAUUCAAGAUGGUGCGGGACUAUUUGGUAGCGUGGAAAGUAUAUAAAGCAGAGAGUAUGAUACAGGAUAAAAACUGUCCAAUAAGUAUGGCCAACUGAUAUAGUGGAAACCGUUUCAAUGCUAGCACAAAACUUAUGUAAUGCGUUUGUCUUACUGUGUCUUGAAGUAUUAAUGCGAUUUGUUUGGGUAUUAUAAAAGAUAACAUAAGUAUGAAAAUGGUCUAAAACACUACAUGAAACAUUGGCAAACUUGUCUCAAGCAGUUAAGUUGAAAAUGGUUCACAUUUGUUUCGUAAAAAGGCUACAGUCCGAAAAAUUUACUCCAAAAGUAUGGUUAUGGUUAUGGGCUCCUUUUUCCGCACUUAGCCCGCUUCUUCUUCACACUUCAACUUCACAUCAGCUAAUACUCCAAAAGUAUUAGCUGAUGUGAAGUUUUGCUAAGAAGCUUUUUUGGUGACCUUUUGUUAAGUUUGUAUAAUAGUUUGCACAUAGGCCAUCUUCGUCCCAUAAUAAUAAUCAAUACCAAUUCACAGUACUACAUGAUUCAGUAGGACAACUGCUUAUACAAAAUUUAUCAAUGGAUCCGUUUGUACUUAAUAUUGGAUUAUUUGUUGCGCUCUUUAUAUUAUGUUAAGAUAAAUUUGAACAAAGCAUUGUGAAAAAAUUAUAAGACUGACAUUACCCAAACCGUUUGUGCGAGAAUAUACAUCACCCGUAAAAAAACAUCUUAAAACAAAUGUGCAGUUUAAAAGUAAAUAAUUAAUUAAAAAAAAUACUUGCCACAAAGUAAAUGUUUAUUUUUUAAUUUACAACUAUUUUAUUUUUUAAAACCCUGAAAUCUCGUUUCAUAGUCUAGUCAGCGGACAUGAAUGUAAGUAAAUUAUAAAAUAAAAACAUGAAUGGA